GCUGUUGCCCCGCCUCAACUAACAGCGAUGGCAACUCCCAAAGCGCGCGACCGCCGAUCAACGGCCAACCCCAACAUCGGGUCAAACACACCCUCUGGAGAGACCACAUUGACGGGGCUCCAGCGGCUCCCAGGUCACACCCGCUACCCACUCACACCAAGCCGCCUAAUCACGACGUUAACCCCGUCAGCGCAACGAUCGGUAUCCCGCUUCACACCUCGGGCAAAAGCCUCAGCGGCACCUUCAACCCCUUAUGGAUUACGCGCACGACAGCAAAGAGCCGCCAACACACCAGGACGCGACCGCCGUCGAAGUGGCCGCAUUCAACGAGAGACAACCUUUGACAUAUUGCGAAAUCUGGGACGUAAACUAGCGCCGGUUUCCAAACCGAUUGAAUCUUCGCCUCAAGAGGUAUUACAGCCUGUGGAAGAAGAGGUCGAUGAAAUCGAGGAGCUUGAUAAUGAACCGGAAUUGGAGAGGCCGCGCCUCUCGCUUCCUCUCCAAGGGAGUAUGGAAGCCAGCGAGGAAGGGAGUCCAGAUAUUCCUCCGCCACGCUUAUCCAUUGCCUUCGAUGAAGAGGAUCUCACAUAUCAAUCUGUCGAGUUUCCUCGUAGAGAUCUCGCCAUUCGUGAUAAACAGCGACUAUCAAUGAUAGAUCGCGGCGCCCGAAUGAGCGAAGAGUUUGGGGACACUCGGCUAGAGAGUGACGAGGGGAUUAUAGAAGAUACAGGAAUCGUGGGCGAAGACGGUUUCGCCGAUGAUACGAUGAUGAGUGGAGGGGACUUUGACCGAGGUGGAGAGACUGAAGAUUUGGGCCGGUUUCACAUCGAGAUGAAUUUUCCAUCGCCAAACGCUAUCCCACUCGACGACGAGCCGCUGGACGAUGAUAUUGGCGACAUGGAUGGCUUUCGCUUGUCCCCAGGUGACAUCCAGCCGGCUCCUGGUACACCCUCCGACGACGGUGCUGGAGACGAUGAUGAUGCUGAUGCUGGUUUUGAAUUCGGUCUCAAUUUCGCACCCGCAGCAUCUCCCAGCAUAAGCCCAGGUCUGGUAGGUGGAGGUCUGCGAGACGAAGGACUUCCAACAACCGGGAAGCAGAAAAGGCUUUCACGGCAUGGAAUCCCAGUCCCGAACCUGCCGGCCGGAGUGGUAAAAAAAUUGGCAAGCCAAUUCGCCCGCAAUGGAUCCAAUUCAAACACCAAGAUCAGUAAGGCCACAUUGGCUGCUAUCGAGCAAGCAUCAUCUUGGUACUUUGAACAAGUGAGCCAGGACUUGGCAGCGUACUCAAAGCAUGCUGGACGCAAGACUAUCGACGAGAGUGAUGUGGUCACACUUUUGAAAAGACAACGCCAUAUCAACAGUUCCACCACGGUAUUUUCCUUGGCUCAAAAGCACCUGCCUAAAGAGCUUCAACAAGGCAUGAGACUGGCGAUGCCUCCAUGA